AGGAUCACAGACAUGAUGCUGCCUCCCAUGGCCCUCCCCAGCAUGUCCUGGAUGCUGCUCUCCUGCCUGAUGGUCCUGUCUCAGGUCCGAGGUGAAGACUCCCAGAAGGACGUGCCUGCCCCACGGAUCACGUGUCCCAAAGGCUCCAAGGCCUAUGCCUCCCACUGCUAUGCCUUGUUUAUGACCCCCAAAUCCUGGAUGGAUGCUGAUAUGGCCUGCCAGAAGAGGCCCUCGGGACACCUUGUGUCUGUGCUCAGUGGGAGUGAGGCAUCCUUUGUGGCCUCCCUGGUCAAGAACAGUGUGAACAGCUACUCAUAUGUCUGGAUGGGGCUCCAUGACCCCACAGAGGGCUAUGAGCCCAAUGCAGAUGGUUGGGAGUGGAGUAGUGCUGAUAUUCUGAAUUACUCUGCCUGGGAGAAAAACCCCUCCACCAUUGCAAACCCUGGCUAUUGUGGGAGCCUGUCAAGAAGCACAGGAUACCUGAAAUGGAAAGAUUAUAACUGUGCUACGAAGCUACCCUAUAUCUGCAAGUUCAAGGACUAGGUCUGGGGAGACCUCAGGAACCUGAGUUUUACAUGCAGCUCAUCAUGGACAUGGGACCAAGCAUGAAUACUCACCCUAGAGUCUUCAAAUAAAUAUCCUCCCAUACCUCCAAACUGACCACAUCAUUAUGACCUUCCCUACUUCUCAGCCUUAUCUAAAAUACCGCUGUGUCUUCCAUAACUUGAGUUCAAGUGAGAAAAUUAAAAAUAAAUGUUUUGUCUCAAUUGUC